AUGAAUGCUAAUCAAAUUUCAGAUCUGCUUGACUUGUCUAGUUCAGAUUCGUUUGAUGAGGUUUAUAGUUCUGAUGAAUAUGUCUUACAAGAUUCAGAUAGUAAUAAUAGUGAUAAAAUUAUCGAAGACUCGGAUGCAGACGUUGAAAUUACAGAUAAUGAUUGGAAUUCAGAUAUAAAUACUAUGCCUAAGUUAUUUGAUUUUACUGGUAACUCUGGACUGCAAUAUACUUUAUCGACUAAAAAUCCUCUUGAUUACUUUAAUUUAUUUUUUGAUGAUAAUAUUAUGAAUAAUAUAGUGACUUGGGUAAAUUUGAGAGCAAAUACUUUAAAAUCUCUAGGUGUAAGAAAACACUCAAAUUUAAGUAACUGGAAAAAUAUUGAUGUUUAUGAAUUGAAAAAGUUUAUUGGUCUCACUUUACUUAUGGGUAUUCAUAAGCUCCCUACUAUACAUUUGUAUUGGUCAAAAUCAGAAAUUGAUUAUCAUCCAAUUUAUGGCCAAACCCUGAGUCGAAAUCGUUAUGAAACUAUUUUAAGAUGCUUAUGCUUUUAUGAACCAAGUACUACAGAUAAGUCUGAUCGUUUACACAAAAUUAAUAAUGUGCUUGGUCCUAUAAUUUCUAAUAUUCAAACUAAAAGAUAUCCUAAAGAAUGUUUGUCAUUAGAUGAAUCUAUGCUUCUGUGGAGAGGAAGGUUAAGCUUUAGGCAGUAUAUCCCUAGUAAAGCACUUAAAUACGGCAUAAAAUGUUUUGAACUUUGUACAGAUGAUGGGUUCAUUUUAGAUUUGAUUAUUUAUAAAGGUACAGGAACAGAUUCAAGAGGAGUAACGUUUGGUAUUGUGAAUAAACUAAUGAAAAACUAUUUUGGUCAAGGUCAUACACUAUACAUGGAUAACUAUUAUAAUAGUGUAUAA